UGACAUUCAAAAAAUGACAUUUCACCACGAGUGAUUUGUUGUGGUCGUCGUAUUUGGCUUUUGGCAAAUUUUAACUAAAAACCAAAGUAAAACCCCAACUAAUAUGUAAAUAUCAUAGCCCUACAUAUAAAAAUAUCAAGAAUACAGUCAUGGCUUCGAGAUCUUCAUUUUCGUCGCCCCUGUCGGCGCUGUCGUCAGUGGAUCCUGACGCGGUCCAGUUCUUGAUGUUCGACGAUGAAGAUAUCAGGAAACUUAGUAUGGUCAAAAUAACCAAUCCUGUAUCCUUUGAUGCUAUGGGCAACCCUAUCUCUGGAGGACUGUACGACUCCGUUCUUGGACCAGCUAGAGACAGGUUUGAUUAUUGCUCGACGUGUGACAAACCCAUGCUACAUUGUCCUGGUCAUUUUGGCCACAUAGAACUGCCACUUGUAGUAAUCAAUCCAUUGUUCCUCAAGAACAUUUAUAGUCUCUUUCGUAUCAGUUGUCUAAAAUGCUUCAAAGUUCAAAUGGAUGACAAGAUGAAGGAGCUCCUUAUACUGCAGCUAAAACUUAUUGAUGCUGGCUAUGUCACUGCUGCAAUGGACUUGUUGGAGAUAAAAGAUUGUAGCAAUGAUGGUAACCCGGACCAAGCACACAAUCUUAUUAAAAAGUAUAAAAAGUUACUGAAAAAGAAAGAUCCUAUCAAUGUUGUGUUCCACAACAAAAACACAGAUAAACUGCGAAAUAAAGUUUUGAAUAGCUUUUUCAAAACAAUAAACAUUGUCAAAAAGUGUGCAUUCUGCAGAGACAGGCUAAUAAAAAUAACUACAUCUGAAGGAAGGUUGAUGCACAGCCACAAUGCCACUGAUGCAGACGGCAGCUUCAAAGGUAUAAAAAUCUUAAUGCCAGAUGAGAUAAAGCGCUAUUGUGCUAAAAUUGCAGAGAACAAUGAAGAAAUUUUGGUGAAUUGUAUACCCAUGUUGAGAAAUGCAAAAGUUAAGCCUGUCACUGACUUAUUCUUCAUGGAGGUCAUCCCUGUGCUCCCACCAUGUGUCCGACCCUGCAAUUUCCUUCAAGGCGAACUUAUAGAACACCCACAAACCAAUGUGUACAAGAGCAUCCUCCAAAACACGGUCACAGCUAGAGUUAUACUUCAAGUGCUAGCAUCAGAAGACCAGCAAUCAACCAUUAAUAACUUGGAUAAAAAGCCAAGAGAUGCUUAUGAGAGUGUGGCAGGUAAAUCAGCAGCUGAAAAACUUCAUCAAGUUUGGCAAAACUUACAAAAGGAUGUGAACAAUCUUCUCAGCUGUGAUGGUGUCGGACUCAACAGUCAGGGCAUUAAACAAAUCCUUGAAAAGAAAACUGGUGUGAUCAGAAUGCACAUGAUGGGUAAAAGAGUAAAUUUUGCAGCUCGCUCUGUUAUUACUCCAGACCCUAAUGUAGAUAUCGAUGAAAUUGGUGUCCCAGAUGCUUUUGCUACAAAGUUGACUUAUCCAGUGCCAGUAACUGAAUGGAAUGUUGAUGAGCUGAGAAAAAUGAUUAUAAAUGGCCCCAAUGUUCAUCCAGGUGCUGAAAAACUUGAAUUUGAAAAUGGAAGAAUUGUAAGAAUCCCAUCAGAUUCUGUGCAGAAAAGAAAAAGUAUUGCCAAAAGGUUGCUGACCCCUGAUGAAUACAAAUCUACAGGCUUGAAAAUUGUUCAUAGGCAUUUAAUAAAUGGUGACAUUAUGAUCCUGAAUCGACAGCCUUCCUUGCACAAACCCAGUAUGAUGGCUCACAGAGCAAGAAUACUUAAAGGAGAGAAAACUUUGCGCUUGCACUAUGCCAAUUGUAAAUCAUAUAACGCCGAUUUUGACGGUGAUGAAAUGAAUGCACAUUUUCCACAAAAUGAAAUUGCAAGGAGUGAAGCAUACAAUAUUUUGUCAGUACGUAAACAAUAUCUUGUACCCAAAGAUGGAACACCAUUGAGUGGUUUAAUCCAAGAUCAUGUGAUAUCUGGUGUAAAAAUGUCUCUAAGGGGUUCAUUUUUCACAAAAUCUGACUAUCAUCAGUUGGUGUUGCAAGCUUUAUCAAGUCACAGAGGUGUUAUCAAGCUUUUGCCACCAACUAUCUUGAAACCAGUGAUGCUCUGGUCAGGAAAGCAAAUUUUAUCAACAAUCAUCAUCAACAGUAUCCCAAAAGGCAAACCAUACCUGACUUUGACAGGAAAAGCUAAAAUUGGUGCCAAGGCAUGGCAAAAGGAACCCCCAAGGAAAUGGAAAGCAGGAGGGACUCCUUUCACAAAUGAUAAUAUGAUGAGUGAGGCUGAAGUCAUCAUAAGAAACGGAGAGCUCUUGAGUGGAGUAUUGGACAAAACUCAUUAUGGUGCUACACCCUAUGGCUUAGUGCAUUGUAUGUACGAAUUAUAUGGAGGAGACAGUUCGAGUGCGUUACUGAGCGCAUUUUCGAAAGUUUUCACGUUUUACCUCCAAUGGAUUGGAUUCACCCUUGGUGUUAAAGAUAUUCUAGUGGUGGAGGAAUCAGAUAGAAAACGUGAUGAUUAUGUAUGUCUGGUCCGACAGGCGGGAAGAGUCGCCGCUAUCAAAGCUACUGAACUGCCAGCUGAUGUUGACGAAGAGACACUUAUCAGAACAAUUGGUGAAAUGCACGCAAAAGACCCUAAAUUCAGAGCAAACUUGGACAGGCAAUAUAAAAGUAUGUUGGAUUCUUACACAAACAACAUAAAUAAAGUUUGCUUGACUGAGGGUCUAUUAGAAAAGUUCCCCUACAACAACUUACAACUGAUGGUGCAAUCUGGUGCGAAAGGAUCAACUGUAAACACCAUGCAGAUCUCUUGUCUGCUAGGACAAAUUGAGUUAGAAGGCAAAAGGCCUCCUCUUAUGAUUUCUGGUCGAUCUCUUCCCAGUUUUCCACCUUACGACACCUCGCCGAGAGCUGGAGGGUUCAUAGACGGACGUUUCAUGACUGGAAUACAACCUCAGGAGUUCUUUUUCCAUUGUAUGGCUGGACGUGAAGGUCUUAUCGAUACUGCUGUCAAGACGAGUCGUUCUGGUUACUUACAGAGAUGUUUGAUCAAACACUUGGAAAGUCUGAACGUCGCUUACGAUCACACGGUUAGAGAUUCCGACGGCAGCGUCGUGCAAUUCGCUUAUGGAGAGGAUGGUUUGGAUGUGCUAAAAUGUCAAUAUUUCAGAAAAGACCAGCUUGGUUUCUUAGACUCUAAUUCUGGUGCAGUAGCCAGCAAAUCUGCGAUCAAAAAACUGAAGGAAGACAUUGAUGAAAAAUCAAUUGCUAAAGCUACUAAAGCAUUGAAAAAGUGGAAGAAGAAAAAUGGGAGUCCAUUCGAAAAAGUUAGACAAAGUGGUUUCGCUAUAUUUUGUGAAUCCGUUAAGAACGACAUCAAGCUUAAAAAGAAGCCAUCAGACAAAACGAGAGAUCCGUACUAUUGGGAGUUGGAAAAAAUGUGGCGUAAUUUGGAUGAAGACGAAAGGCGUCAAUACGAGAAAAAGUCCUGCCCUGAUCCUUUGCCCAGUAAAUAUUCCCCUGAAUAUAAAUUUGGCGUCUUAAAUGAAAAUCUGGAUGGGAUUAUACAGAACUACUUGAAAAAUCGACAGGAAAGUAUAUAUGACAGCAACACUGACAAGGAAAAAUUCUUGGAAGUUAUGAAGGCUAAGUACCUUGCAUCGAUGGCCGCUCCUGGUGAACCAGUCGGUCUGUUAGCCGCCCAAUCCAUUGGAGAGCCUUCGACUCAGAUGACACUGAACACUUUCCACUUCGCCGGUCGUGGUGACAUGAACGUCACCCUCGGUAUUCCGCGUCUCAGAGAAAUCCUUAUGACAGCUUCAGCAAAACUUAAGACACCUAACAUGGACAUACCUUUGAGAGCCGACAUUCCAGGCAUUAAAAAGAAAGCUGAACGUUUGAGACAAAAACUGAACAGAGUCACAGUGGCUGAUGUGCUUGAGAAAAUCGACGUGCAAUGUGAGAUAGUCACGGACCCUGAUAGGUUCUUGAAAACCACAAUGCGCUUCAGCUUUUUGCCGCAUGCUCAAUACAAGCCUCAGUAUGCCGUGAAACCACCUCAGAUAAUAAAACAUAUGCAGAAAAAGUUCUUUGAUGAGAUGUUUGCGACCAUACGUAAGCAAGUGAAAGCGUCGACGGGUGUUCUGUGGUCUGCGGAGAAAGAAAAGAGAACAAGGAAAAAUGCCGAUAAAGACGAUGACAUUGAUGACGCUCCAGCACCCGAAACAGAAAUGGCCAAUGGCGGCGCCGACAGCUCAGACGAAGAAGGACCUAAUGAAGACGACGACAAUACAGAUGCCAAAAUAAGAAAGAAACGAGCUGAAGAGCAAGAAUAUGAAGACCCUGAAUCGGAAGAAGAGGAAAAGUCUGACGACGAGUUAGAAAUCGACGAAAACCCUGAUAAAGAAUCGGACGACGUUCAGGAAGUGCAAGAAGUACCUAAAGAAAUCUCUGAAGAAGUUAAUAAGACCAUCAAGAGCGUUGACAACGCGACGAAUUACUCUUUCGACACCAAAAACCACCAGUGGUGCGAACUAACAGUUGACUUCCCCAUCGACUUCUUACGAGUCGACCUAUCCCAGGCACUGCGUGAUGCGGCUUCCAAAUCCGUGAUUUACGAAGUCAAGAACAUAAAAAGAGCCAUCGUCAACCAAGAAAAGGACGUCCUCUACAUAAAGACAGAAGGCAUCAACAUUUUACAGAUGUUCAAGUACAAUAAUCUGCUGGAUAUGAACAAGUUGUACAGUAACGAUAUCCACGCUAUUGCCAAUACUUAUGGUAUAGAAGCAGCGAAUAAGGUGAUCAUAAAGGAGAUUCAGAACGUGUUCAAUGUUUAUGGUAUCAUCGUGGAUCCUAGACAUUUGUCUUUAGUAGCCGACUACAUGACCUUUAAUGGGGUAUUUGAACCAAUGAGUCGGAAAGGGAUGGAGUCUUCGACGUCGCCUCUACAGCAGAUGUCGUUCGAAUCGUCGCUGAUUUUCUUGAAAGAUGCCGUGAUUAAUGCGAAGACGGACAACUUGCGAUCGGCGUCAAGUUGCCUUAUGCUGGGCCAGCCGUGUCGUAGUGGAACUGGUGCUUUUAGUCUGCAAUUAAGCAGUAAAAUCGUAGAAUAAGCAUAAAUGAAUGUGAUUUGUUAAUUUGUGUAAGGACAUUGAUAUUGUAAGUAAAAUAUUUUGUUUUAAAUA